UUUCCUGGGGCGGUUGCUGGGGAAACGUUUGUGGGCCACACUUCCGGUCGCCCACUACGCGUCGCGCCACAGCUGUGUUUUUACCUGAUCAGCUGGCAGGCUAUUCACAUCACUCGCUCUGUCACUGAAUAAACUGAUGGCUUUAAAAAGCUCGGGAACGACGUGUGCCGUUCGAGGAUGUACUAACAACCAGACGAAACUAAAUAAUUGGUUGAAAUCGGAGUGUUUUGACCACAAGCCGAAAAAUAAAGUGUUCGUGCCCGAAAUGGUACAGCUUCCAUCGACUGCCCAAUGAUGAAGAGGCUAAAAGAAAUUGGCUGAAGAACCUGAACUUAAAACAACCUCCGAAAUGUUGUUAUGUCUGUUCGUUUCAUUUUGUGGACAAAGCGCCAACGGAAGAAAACCCUUACCCAAUGCUUUAUCUGGGUUAUGAGAAGCCACCUGAGAAGAAACGCCGAAGAGUCGUCAGGAUGAGUGUUGACAGUCAAGUCGCAACAACAACAGGUAUGCUAAAUUUGAUAUCGACGCAUUUUUUUUUUUAUGUAACAUUACGGUAGCAUACAGUAUACUCUAUUUACGUUGGUUAAGUCAAUGGUGUAUCCUCACUUUCAUCCUGAAGCCAUCAGUUUAUUCAGUGACCGAGCGAGUGAUGUGAAUAGCCUGCCAGCUGAUCAGGUAAAAACACAGCUGUGGCGCGACGCGUAGUGGGCGACCGGAAGUGUGGCCCACAAACGUUUCCCCAGCAACUGCCCCAGGAAACUUGUGGAUACGUUUAGCGAUUUACAGGAAGGUUGAUGAAAAAUACAUCAUAAAAAUGACGAAGACUGGGAAACCAGACUCACACUGGGCAGGUGUGAUGACCCUCUAUGCUCAGGGGAAAUAUACAUUUUCCGGGCGGUAAUACAGCGUAUUAAUGCUUGUCCCUUGACCCCCGUGUUCAAUCAAACUCCCCGCAAAUAUGAUAUUUUUGGGAAAAAUAUCAACUGUGAGUGCGGAUAUCAUGAGUCACCAGAGAAGGCUGGGGCAGCAUCAGCCAGUUCAGGUCAGCUAAGUGCCCCGGGGGCAAGUGCUGCAGCAGGAAGAGCUUCUGAGGAACCAGCCAGUGCAGCGGCAGAGGGGAGGGCUCCUGGUAAACUGGCCAGCACAAGUGCAGCAGCUGUAGGUCAGGAAAACCCAGCUCUCUGCAGGAUUGUCACGUGCUCGCUGUGUACUAAGGAGGUGAUGGGUGAGGACUACACGCAGCACCUGUCAGACUACCACGUCCAGGAGCGAUGUGAGCAGUGUGGCGCAACGGCCUGGGGACUCGUUGGAUUGUCGGAGCACAUUGAGAGUGCUCACCAUUUGAGCUGUCCAACAGAGCCAAUAGAUGUUCCGGCUCCAACAGAACUAUACACAACACCGGCGCCACAGCAACACAGCAACCCACCAGUUGUUCCCGUCCCUGCUCCUGUCCCUCCCAUAGCCCAAGAGACGUCACCGGCGGCACCACAACAACAAACACUAACUCUGCGGCCUCCUCAAGUGAACUGGCUGAGUUUUCUGCCGAAGCAGUUCUUAAAAGUCAUAAAUCAGGCUGACCGGGAGUGGAUCGCACACAUCCUAUGUGACCGAACAGGACAGCUAAAACAAAAGCUCACUCAGAACUGGCACCAUCCUCCAAGCCCCACCUGAUCCACCUCACCUCCAGAUCCACUACACUACUUUAGGCAGCGGAUGUUCCUGUGGGCUCCAAUGAGGAUGUGGAGCAUCCCUCUUAAAUGCACAUCGUGUAAAAGGAAGAUGCACCACUCUGGCAUUUACACAAAAGUGAGAGAGGUGAUAGAUGUGGACUCCAGAUAUUAUCUGGUAGGUGGAGACUACCCAAGGUGCAGCAAAUGCAUGAUCCCUGUCUGCCCUUGGAGUAGUGAGAUCUUGCAGCAGCUGGAUCCCUCCCACCGUAACAAGUUUACGACACAGCAGGCACUGGACAGGAAGUGUGUCACAAUGUUGCGACCACGCACGGUAGGGAACAGCUCCAGCUACUCGCAACAGGUCUUGCAGGAGGUGCACAGCGAGGAGUGGGCGAGGCGUACUAUCGACUACCUCACUGAUUGUGAGGUCCAUAAAAAGUCGUGCGUCCUCACCCAGUCCGAACCUGUAUAUCAACAGCCACCCACCUUCAGUCGUCUGCCCCUGGCUCAGUGGUUUGAAACCGUCCACACGAAUGAGGUUCUUGGCCACCUGGAGGAGUUGAAAGGUGUUAUAACAUCAACUUAUGGCAGAAUCCUAAAGCUGGACUCCACCAAGAAGAUCACUAAAAAGCUGGCAGGUGGCAUUGAGAACACGGCCACGUGGAUGAGCAACAUCGGCAACGAACUUGGCCAAGUUCUCAACUCAGUGCUGACCACUGGUGAGGGGGCUGGCCUUGAUGACCUGUGCCAAGGCGUUGUCCGGAGGUACAGGGAUGCUGGGGAGAGCCCAGUUCUCACUUGGUUUCGUCCAUGGACCUUCACAGUGAGACUUGAUGUGUUUCAUUUCAUGAGGCGUUUCACCAAUGGCCUGACCACUGAGCACCAUCCACUAUAUGGCACAUUCUGCUCAAAACUUUCCAGCUUCAUUUUCAAAUGGGACAAAGCAGACAUUGAAAAGUUGCAGCAGGCCAAGAGGGCAGAGCUGGUGAAAAAACACCCGGGUCACAAUCCUACCCACAGCCAGGUGUUGGCGAGCAUCACAUCCAGCGAACUGGCUAAGCACUGCCGCAGGAAAACGUGAGGGGUUGAGGAGACUCGCGCCCUCAUCCAACAACUGUUGGACUCCAUGUGGGACCUCACAGACACCACAGGGUUAUCGCUCAUUAACAAGGAGAGCAUGUCUCGUGUGUGGGAGAUGCAGCAGAAGCACUUGCCCUGCAUCCAAGAUCCAACUGGUGUACAGUUGUACAUCAACACCGGAUCAAAGUUGGAGAAGGGGGAUAAAGCACUUGACGUCCUGAGAUGUGCCAGAGGGUCCUCCUCUCUCGAGAGCUUUCAUAAGCAUCAAUGCUGUUUCA